CGCUGCGGAAGCUGAGGAGGGCAACGCGCGGGAGUAGGGGCGAGGAGCGUGGUGGCGGCUGCGGCUGGCCGCUCAGAGGACCCGGGCGGGGGUAUCUGAGAGCAGGGCCGCCGGCGCUCCCGACCAGCUCUGAGCAGGCGCCGUGGCAGCACCCGCGCCCCCCCUGCCCGCCAUCCGCCGUCGCCAGGACGCAGGCUCGCGUCAGGGCGGGCGACUGGGCUCGCGGCCGUCGGCCUGGCGUCUCCACCACCAGCAGUCUGCCUCGCCGCGCCUUCCCCGCUCCCGACCUGCCGGGCCCUGCCCCUGGCGGAGAAUCUUGAGACUUUUUAUCUAAUUGGUCAUUGAUAUCUUAACAAACAUGGAGGUAAGAUUAGAAAUUUUGACAUCAACAAGCAUUAAGCAGAAAAGACCAUGGCCACGUGUCUCCUGGUUGGGAAAGGAAAAAGAAGCUGUUUUUCUUUUGGAUGAUAAAUUUGUAAAUGAAAUUAAUUUGCUAUCAGGAAAGAUAAAGAAGAAAAUUCCUAGUCUGCAACCUUUGUUGAAGGAUGUUAUUGUCCUAACAACGUCCAGUAAUGAUGCCUGGCUGGCUGGGAUACUCAUUACAGGAGAGCUUUUUCUUUGGAACAAAGAUCAAGAUUGUUUGAAAACUAUACCAAUAACUGAAAAGCCUAAGGAAAUGAUCAAAGCUACAGUAGCAAGCUCUUUGAGACCAUACUUGUAUGUAUCUGGAAAUGGGAAAAGAAUUCUGCUCAUAACACCUUCUGGAUGCAUAUUUCUUUGGGAAUAUUUGGAAUUAAAGAAUAUCUUGGCUUCUAAAAGCCUUUCAUUGGUGGGUCAGUGGUCCCAGGUCAUACCUGAAGAAGCAGUUCUCUUGCCUUCCACUGAAGAUAAAGAAGCUGUAGUGAAUGCUGUUUUUAUAAAAAACGAGUUAUUUGGAGACUGCUGCCUGUGUUCAUUUACUUUUUAUUCUGGGGAGUGCCUGAAGUUAACAUUUCUAGCAAUUCGGUGGCAUGAGAAUGUAUUUACAUCUAUAAGAUCAUUGCCAUACCAUGUUCACUGGGCUCAACAAGACUGUCAUCUCUGCAGUCUAAUUCCUAAAUGUGAAUCAGUAAAGUCAAGAGGAUCUCUAAUUUCUGCCUUUUCAAGAGAUGGCCUUACUCUGGCAGUAACUCUUAAUCAGAAAGACCCCAAGGCAACUCAGGUAUUAUUUAUAAACACACUGAAUUUUGUUACUCUCUGUGGUAGCCUUAAAGGGUGUAGUAACAAGAGUCCCGUUGUGCCAACUGCACUUAUUAGGUCCUACUGGGUAGGUGAUAUCAGCUGGACGCAUGAUAGUCUUUUUCUGGCUUGUAUGUUAAAACGUGGCUCUCUGGUUUUAUUGACCUGCCAAGGUGAAUUGCUAACAUUGAUUACAUUUGGUUGCUCUAUAGAAUUUGGGCCAGCAGAAUUUAUUCCUCUUCAUCCACUAAUAACAUAUAGACCACAGCAGUUUACAUUUCAAGAUUCAAAUAAUUCUAUAGAUUCAUCAGCUUCUGAUACUGACCCUAUGAGACAGAGAUUUUCUAUAAAAGCACACUCACGGUUACCCUACCUCGUUAUAUCUGAUGGAUAUAUGGUCACAACCCUUCGAUUUCUUGAUAACCUGUCUCCAUCAGUGCACAUGAGAUCACUUCUACUUGAUUCAGCCCAGAGGCUUGAGAAAAUAUAUCAGAGUGUGAUAUUGUCUAAGCCAAAAGGCAAAGGACUGAACUUGCGAUCACUGAAUUCCCUAAGGUUUAGUCUGUUAAAACACCAAGGAAAUGAAAGUUCAGCUGCUUUUACUGUCCCCAAAUUCUUGCAGGCAGAAGAAACAAUGAAUUUAAAUGAAAAUACAGCAGAUUUUCAGGAUUUUGAAGCAGAAGAAACUGAUGAAGACAGACACUUUCCAGACAACUUAUUUCCUUUUUGGAACAAAAGAGAUGAUCUGCUGUAUAGUAGUAUCAAGGAAGGAAGAUUGGAAUUUGCAUCUAUGUUUGAUACGAUACAUGCAAAGGAUGAUAGUGAGGAGACAGAUAGAACCAUUACAGUACUGCAUUCUAUCCAGAAAAAUCUACUUGCAGCAUGGACUAUAGGAAUUUCAAAAACUGUGACAGAAAAAAAUUUAAUGUUAAAUUACAUAGUAGUUUGUAUCACUCAUUUUUUUUACAUUCUUCAAUUUAUAAAAUGUCCUUUUCCCAAAUUUGACCUUUUUUUAAACAAAAGCUCAAGACAUAAUGCAUGGAUACUUUGUAUCUUUCAACUUUUUCAUCAGUGUUUAUCAAUCCGUUACUGGGAUAUAAGAUACAAACAAGAUGUGGGGCAUUUGAUAAAGCUAACCUCAAAUACUAUAAAACUUUUGCUGACUCAGCAACAGAAGGGUCAGUUAUUCUCAGAGAAACUUUUAGCCUGUUUUUAUUUACUCAAAAUGGUAGCUGACAAUUUAAAUGGUGUAUACAGUCUUCAACCUGAAGUUAUUUCAGCAUCAGCUGAUGGAAGUAAAAUAACAGAUCAAGACUCAUUGGUGGUACCUAUUUUUCAAAUGUUUCGAGAUAGUAGUUCUCAGGAAAACUGGUCUUGGAACUCAUUUUUCAAGAUUCAUCCUCAAGUAGUAAGUCCUGUGCAACAGCCAGGACACAGAUUGAUUGUUCUCUGGAGAGUAUUGUACAAAAAAACUUUAUGGUAUCAAGCACAAUUAAAUCGAAGAGUUCCUGAAGGUGAUAGUCAGUUAACUGGAAAGUUGACACAUGAAGCAUCUACUGUCAAGUCCCUGUUAUGUCAUUUGCAGGCUAACCUACAGACUACUGGAGAUCACUUGAACCAAACCUUAGAACUUAAAUCUAUUGAUGGGGAAGAGUGUUUCUUAUUAGGAUCAUAUGAAAAGUCUGUUCAGCUGUGGAAAGACGCUCUACAAGAAAUCCAAGAGAAAGGAGGAAGAAGGACGUAUUUUCUUCAGAUACGCUAUUAUCUUUCCCUCUUAUACUGCCACCUCUAUAGUUAUAAUUUAAAUGAUGCUCAAGGAUUGUGUGAUCACUUAGCAAGAGAAAUCCUGAGAUGGUCCCAACUACCCGUAAAAGAAAAUAAAGAAUUUUCAGGUGCUGUGAAGUCUCAUUUUGAGUGUGGAAUGACGGACGGUGUUCAUCCUGAGGCAGCUGUGAGAGUUGUCCAGUCCAUGGCUCGUUUCAUGGCUGCCUAUUUCACCAAUCAGCAGCUUUGCAUUUUGCCACCUCACCAUGUGAAUGUUCUUCCUCCACUUCAUAUUAAAACAGAGCAGUCCUUUCGACUUAUUCCUCUGCAACACUGUAAGGUGGCCAGUGUUGUUAGAGAUCAGAAGCUCUCUAAUGUGUGGACAGUUGACUAUGCACUUGAAUUACUAUUUAUUGGUGGCCUGGUUCCAGAGGCUGUGUGGUUGACACAUAAACUUGGAGACUGGAAGACAUCUGUUUCAAUUGGUGUGGCUUUCCAGCUGUUCUGUAAACAUGAUAGCAAUUUUAUGAGGUCCAAGAAAAAGAGUCAGAAUCUACCACUAAAUAUGACUCCAGCACAGAUUUUUCAGGAAAAGCUGCAGUGUUUUUUAGGCCAACCAGCCUCUUUAGAAACAAAAAAUGAAAUGGGCUCAAAAUAUAAACAGUUUACAGAUCCCGUUGAAGAGGAAGAUGCAAAUCUACUAUUUGGUUCAAUACAAGAAGUACUGAAAGCAUCAGUUAUGGCUGAUGCAGAUAUUCUUUCAGAGACAUUUCAACUUCUGAUAGACUCUGCCAAGGACUUCAGUAAGAGACUGUGGGGCUUAGUGCCCGUUGGCUUGUAUCUUCCAGCUCCUCCAUUGUACUGUCCCCAGCCAGCUAUUCUUAGUGAAGAAGAUGGUGAUGAUCUUCUUUUAAAAGCUGAAAAAGAUAAUCGCCAAAAGGUAUCUGGAAUCCUUCAGCGUGUUCUUCUGCUUUUCCGGGCGGCUCAGUGCUCUUUUCCUAUAGCACAGUGGUAUAUCUUGCAGUUGAGGUGGGCAAGAAAAGUCAUGCAUAAGAUUCGAAUGAAAGGAUCCCUUCCUUCGUUGAGUCCUUUUCCUCAGUCAUUACUUAAUUACUGUAAAGGAGAUAUCACAUUCUUUAGACCUGGAGCAGCUGGAGAUCACAAGCUUGAUGAAGUUUCCAUUAGAGCAAUAGGUAGCUUCAGAGAACUUUGUGCUUUGUGUUGGAUUCUGCAUGUCCGUGAUAAGUUAUCCUAUAAUUGCAGGCAAUAUCAGAAAGCAAGAGAAAAUGUAAAGGGAGAAAAGGACCUCAAAGUGGAGUUUGAUUCUUGUAUGGUUGAGCACUGUCUUAGUGCGGUGGAAUGGGCUUAUAGAAUGCUACCUUUCUCUCGGUUUUUUAAUAUGGAAGAACUUAUUCAGGAUAUAAUUUUGAGCCUUAUUGGAGAACUGCCACCAAUUAGAAAGGUAGCAGAAAUUUUCGUGAAAGCAUUUCCCUGUCCUGAAGAUGUGAGGGUUCCCUUAAGAGACAAAUAUCACUCUCUUCACCAGAGACUCAGACACUGUGUUGUGAAAGGUCCCCAGACUGAGGAAAUGAUGUCUGUUGUCAUGCAUUCUAUCCAGAAAGUGAGGGUGAAAGCUCUAAAACGUGUGCAGAGAAAUAUAGGUUCUUUUGAAAUGAAUAUAUGGGAACCAAUUGAAGAAGAGAAACCAGAUGAGGCUUCAGGUUUUGACAGAUUUUCCCUGGGGACUAGUUUGAGCAGAAGUACACUCACAGAACUGGGGAAUUCUGUGGUAAACAGUGAUGCAGAUACGGCAGAUAUGUUCUCUGAAGCUUUGUCGGUUGAAGUAAAAGGGAUAAAUAAGUAUCAAAGAAAUGUCCCAAAUUGCAUGGAAUUAGCAUCGAUUGGUAAGCCCCCUGAUAAAAAGAAAAUGUGUAAUCAGAAAGAAAAUCCUGCAAGGAAAGAAGAUCAUGAAAAGUUAUUACGAAAUACACUUCCUGUAAUAGGUGUUUGGGAAUUUGAACGUGAUGAUGAUGAAUAUAUUAAAUUCCUUGAUCUCUUCUUGAGUUACAUUCUUGAAAGAGACCUACUUAAUUUGAGGGAUGCUGGCAUUCCAUUUCUAACCAGUUUUUCUGAAAAGCUUAGAGAACAUGAACUUAAUUCUGUACUUUUUGAUGUACAUGCAACAUUGAAACGACGUCAGGGCAAAACUAAAAGCCAGAAUGUGUUUAGAGCUGGUUCUUGCUUUGUUGUUGAUCCUGAGUCCUCUGAAGCAGAAAAAUCAUCCUCUCUAAAUGAUGAAUAUGGCACACAUUUAGAAAACCAGGCACUUUCAUCAUCAGUACUGGUUAAUCAAGGGAUCAAAUCUUUUUUAGAAUAUCCUUUGAAUGAAGUCAAUAAGAAUGAAGGAAUGAGAGGAUUAUUUGGUUUAAAACAGAAGUCAAUUUACAGAAUACAAGCUGACACUAGAGAGAACUGUCUUAUCCAGAGAUCAUCAAACCACAUUUUUUGGACUCCCAAGCACAUUAAAACUAGAAAAUGUAUUUUCAAAGCUAUUCAGUGCAAUGAUAUUAAUCCUCAAGAAGAUCUUCCUUUAGCACUAAAUAACACAUUUGGCAGUAUAGGAAGACUGCUGGAAUGGAUGAUAAGGUGGUCUAAUAGACGACUACUCUGUGAUUCUGGUAUAACUGAGUCAUCCUCUGAGUACAGUCCAGUAAUUCAUGUAAAGACCUCUACAGCUGCCAUUCUUACAUCAUUAUGGCUUUUGGAACAACCCUAUUUUGCUACAUAUAAGGCAAAAAAUGCCAUUAUUAAGAUGAUAGAAAAUCGUGACCCUGGGUAUCAGAUUGGACCCCAUAUUGAGAGGGAGAGCAAAACAGUUGCUGGUGGUUCAGUUGCAGUAGCAACUCCAGAUGGAACUGAGGACAGAAAUGGUCAGAAUAAAUCUUGUCAAAAUAUCUUGAAUAGAAUGCCAACUGAAGCAAAAAAUUCUGAUAUAAAAGAAAUCAAUGAUGAUAUUAUUUCCAUCAUUCAUGAUACUAAAAAAGAAUUUAUAGAUAUUGAUGAGAAUCUUUUAAAAGUAGAAGCAUUUAUACAAGAGGAAAUGGAUAUGCACAUAUCAGACUAUAAAGAAGACAUCGAAGAAUCUGUUGGAGGUUUCAGAAGUCCCAAUCUUGCCAUUUGCAUGAUGACUUUACCACAGCAGUUAGAAGAACAGUUUACAGAAGAGGUUCAGUAUCAAAAGGAAGAACCGCUGGAGACAAAUAUGGAGGAAAAAUCGACUGAACAGAAGAGUAUGAUUGAAGGCUUUUCAUUUCCUGAUCAUACCACUCUUCAAUCAAUGCAAGUAGAUACAAGUUCAGAAAUUUCUAGUGCACAGAUUUCUACAUAUAAAGACAAAUCUUCCUCACUUCCACCUCUGAUAUCAAAUGGAGUCAAUGUUGCUUCACAAACACCUGUUCCAACACCUCAGAAGACCCAGAGAAAUGAAUGCAGGGAUCAGUUACCAGAUUGUUCUGAUUCCAUUAGGCAAAUGCUCCAAGAUGAAAUGUUUAAAUUAGUUCAGCUGCAGCAGAUCAACUUCAUGAGCCUAAUGCAAAUAGUAGGAUCAUCCUUUGCUAACCUCCCCAAUACACAACAACUUCUACAGCAGUCUCAGUCUGUGCGCUUAGGGGGAAGCCAAGAAUCAAACCUAAGAGGAUGUGGUGAUGUUGAAGACAGCAACAAAAAUCUUGAGGAGAGAUUUUUUAUCAAAUCACAGUCAAUGGGAGAGAACACCAGAGAGCCUCACAAGAAUAGCCCAUACUGCCAUGAAGGAACUAUCCCAUCUGGUCAAAAUACAAAUGAAAAUGUACAGAGUGUUCCACAUGGGAGUAUUCCUCUAUGUCAAUUAAAUGGCCUGCCCCAGAAAAGAGGACCAAUUCCAUCAUCUCAAAACUUACCAUCCAGUUUGUUUUAUCCAGCUCCUGCUGAAAAUACUAACCUCUACCUUUUGUCCACACCUUCUGUUGUUCAGAAGGCACCUAGACUCAUCCCACAUGCAAAAACAUUUAGUCCUGGUGAUGGUUUUCCCUUGCUUCAAUUUAAGCCUAAGCAAGAAUUCAAACCCCUUUUCUUACAUACAGGGAGCCUUCCACAAGUUCCCUUCAAGCCUCUGCCACAACAAAGAGAGGCUUGGGGAUUAUCUGAUUCCUUCCAGCCUGAUCCGCCAGAAAGAGUGGCACAAACUAUACCAGCACCCCAUUUGAAUGUAAGCCAGUAUAAUACUGAAGCCAAAAAAAAAGAAGCUGAGCGCAAGACAUGGGCAGGAACUGUAAUUACAGAAAUUCCUAAGCAUGUGAACUUGGAUCAGUAUGUUGGACAAGAAAACUUGAGACCUCAACAGGACUCUUCAGCGUUUAUAAAACCAGAAAAACUAUUUGAUGUUAAACCAGGGCCCCUUGAGAUACCUCCUCACCAUUCCUUUGGACUUCCGUUACUAUACCUGCCACUUAAACCUCCUGAUAGGUUUUCAUCAACCUCAAGAGCCUCAGUUACUGUUCCCUCAACACUCAUCCAACCUGUAGCAGAAGAAAGAAAAUACCCAAGCCUGUUAUUACUUCAUUCACAUUUGUCCCCAGAAAAUAUGUGCAAAAACCCACAACUUAUCCCACUUGAAAACCUCAUUGCGUUUAAACAAAGCCAACAGAAACUAACACAUAAUUUAUUUGAGCAAGGUGAUGCUGGACACCUUCAACUUCUAAAGGCCAAAAUAGAACCACCUGAAGUAAGACAAGGAAAGGACAGUAAAAAAAGGCAAAGAAGAAGAGCUGAGAAGCAGCUGGAAGAAAAAAGAUCUGAGAAACUGAGGAGAAAACCAAGUGUGACUUUUCGACCAGAGGAUUCCAUCAUUAAUAAUGAUGAUUCAGAAAUCAUUAAGCAACCCAAGGAACAACAAGAACAUUGUGAUUCCCAUCCUUUGGAUGACUUCGACAUUCCUUUUGAAAUGCUACAAGAUGAUAAUACUUCAGCUGGAUUACAUUUCAUGGCCUCUGUGAAAAAGAAAGCUAUAGGAAGUCAAGAUGCAAGUACAAAUACAGACCCAGUUUUUAAAUAUAUUAUAGUACAAGAUAAGGAAGCUACUUCUCAGGAAAUUGUUUCUGAAUGUGGUACCAGGCACCAAAUUAUUUCUUGCACACCAGGACAUGAGCCUUCGAAUGCUCCUCAGCUCUUGGUCCCAGAUGUAUAUCUAAAUCUGAAGCUUUCCACUGAAAUAUCAGAGAAACCUUUGUCACCCUCAAUACCUCAUACAGUAGCAAACUCGGUUGGACAUACUUAUAUAAAUGUGAUUGACAUUGAAGCUGAUGAUCUUCUACAGGAAUUACCUGUGAGAGAAGAGCCUUCAAAUGGUAAUGUUAUCAAACAGCAAAGUGAUCAUCUAGAAGCUCCAUCAUCUGCAGAGUUACAUUAUAUAGCAGCUUCAGUUACUAAUGCUGUUCCUCCACAUAAUUUUAAGAGUCAAGAAUCAGCCAGUUCCACUAUGGAUUUAUUUUCUAAACCUGCAGAGGUGACUCCCGCUUGUCUAGAUGGAAAAAGCUUGAGAGCAGGCAUUACUGAAGUGAAGGAGCCUAGUGUCACCUCAACUGCACCAUCAGACAUACAGCAGAACAAAGAUCUGCCAGAACCAGAGUUCCAAUUCAAAGGACAGAGCACAAAACCAGACUCUGCAGAUUAUUUGUUAUGGAAACUGCUGCAAGGUAUCUCUGCAGCUCGCCCUGCACCAAGCUCUACAGCUUACCAACUAGAGCAUCUCACUGCUAAGCUUCAGAAAAUUGACGAGCAGCUGCUAGCAAUACAGAACAUUGCUGAAAACAUAGAGCAGGAUUUCCCCAAGCCUGAAAUGCUAGAUCUACAUUGUGAUAAGAUUGGACCAGUGGAUCACACUGAAUUCUCUUCUGGCCCUGAAUUCAAAAAAACAUUAGCUUCGAAAACCAUUAGCAUUUCUGACAAAGAAGAUCAAAGUGACAAAAAGGAGACUUCAGAACCCGAAUUCUCAAUAACGGAAAAUCAUUCUGGUCAAAAAACCCAUGUGUUUUCUACUGCUGAUUCAGCUGUCAGCCUUUCCAGUGACCAGAAUACUACUUCUCCUGGUAUGAAUAGCAAUGAUGAAUUAUUUGAGAGUGUUUCACUAGAUCCACUCCAGAUGACUGGAUUGACUGAUAUUGCAGACAUUAUUGAUGACCUUAUAACUAAAGAUGGAAUUUCCAGUGAAGAGCUUGGCUUAAUAGAACAAGCUAAGAGCAUCUCCAGAAUUCAGCAUUCUUCUGGCAGACAUCUGCAAAGAGCUGACAAGGAAAGAAGAAAGAUUCGAGCCUGGAUGAAAAGAAAACGAAAAGAAAGAAUGGCGAAGUACUUAAAUGAGCUGGCAGAAAAGAGAGGGCAAGAACAUGAUCCUUUCUGUCCCAGAAGUAAUCCACUUUACAUGACUUCAAGGGAAAUCAGGUUGAGUCAAAAGAUGAAGCAUGAAAAAGACAGAUUGCUGCUCUCUCAACACUACACUCGUCGAAUCUCACAAGCAUACAGUCUGAUGAAUGAACUGUUAUCUGAGUCAGUACAGCUACCAACAACUGCAUGGAAACCAUUGCCUAACAAAUCCAGCCCUGCUCAGUUUUCCAGAUAUCAACACUGCCCUUCUCCAAGAGGAGAGAAUCAGCAUGGUCACAGUUUUCUGAAAAAUCGACCUGGAAAAGUCAAAUAUACAUUUAAACCUAGUUGUAUCCAUAAGAAGUCUUUUGGGCAACCUCAAGACUCAUCUUUGCCAUGUGGCUCUCAUGCUCCAUGUCAUAGUCUGCAGCAUAUAAAAAAACAUCGAAGUGCUGGGCUUGCACCUCAAACCAAGCAGGUGUGUGUAGAGUAUGAGAGAGAGGAGACUGUGGUGAGUCCCUGGACAAUACCUUCAGAAAUCCAUAAGAUUCUUCAUGAGAGUCACAAUACCCUUCUACAAGACUUGUCUCCAACUGAAGAGGAAGAGCUGGAGCAUCCUUUUGGGGUGGGUGGCAUGGACAGUGUGUCUGAGAGCACUGGCAGCAUCCUCAGCAAGCUGGACUGGAACGCCAUCGAAGACAUGGUGGCCAGCGUGGAGGACCAGAGCCUGUCUGCUCCCUGGGCUCUGGACCUGUAAGACAUGGAUAUUAUCCUGUUUCCAUGGACAGGCCAGCACCUCAGUAAUGUGGUUGUGAAAGUAUGGGACAGAAGCAAUGAAAGAAGUAACGUGAAUUUACCACCUGCUGUCAUAUUACUACCUGGAUUAGUCAUUUCAAGAGGAAAAAUAAACACUUCUCAAUAACUUUGCCUUCAUGGGGAAAAGGUUGUUUGAUUAUAGAUGUAUUAAAUGUUUUUGUAUUUGAUGCAUCAUUAGGCAGUUUUUAAAAUGAUAAGUACCUUUCAAGCCAAGUUUGCAUAACCUACUUUCAAUAAAAACCCUCUAUCUUGCCUCCUCC